GACUAGAAUUAACAUUGAAAGGGCAUUAGCAACAUGCUCAUCACCGGGAUAUCACAUCUAACACAUCUCCCUCACACAGGGGGGGAGGCAUCCCGGGUCACGGGCCAUCCGGGGAUUCACGGGACCAUCCUCUGGGAUUCACGGGACCAUCCUCUGGGAUUCACGGGACCAUCCUCUGGGAUUCACGGGACCAUCCUCUGGGAUUCACGGGACCAUCCUCUGGGAUUCACGGGACCAUCCUCUGGGAUUCACGGGACCAUCCUCUGGGAUUCACGGGACCAUCCUCUGGGAUUCACGGGACCAUCCUCUGGGAUUCACGGGACCAUCCUCUGGGAUUCACGGGACCAUCCUCUGGGAUUCACGGGACCAUCCUCUGGGAUUCACGGGAUCAUCCUCUGGGAUUCGCGGGACCAUCUGGGGCUCACGGGACCAUCUGUGGCUCACAGGCCAUCUGGGGCUCACGGGCCAUCUGGGGCUCACGGGCCAUCUGGGGCUCACGGGCCAUUCGGGCUCACGGGCCAUCUUGGGCUCACGGGCCAUCUGGGGCUCACGGGCCAUCCGGGGUCACGGACCAUCCGGGGUCACGGGCCAUCCGGGGUCACGGGAUCGACACCACCAUCGGGGGUCACGGGGUUGUCCUCCAUCUGAGGAAUCCACCCUCCAUCUGAGGCCUGGCCCACAACUAGGGGCCACGGAUCGGCUCCCAACUAGAGGCCACCGAUCGGCCCACAACUAGGGGCCACGGAUCGGCACCACGGGAAGACAGAGGGCACAGCCGGAUCCUACCGACUGCGCCAUGUGUUGUCAUCCCCGAUGAUGGUUUGUGUCUUCUUUAUUGCUGACUAGUACACAUUUUUAUACAUGACUAGAAUUAACAUUGAAAGGGCAUUAGCAACAUGCUCAUCACCGGGAAUUCACAUCUAACACAUGCACCAAAUGGAAAAAAUCAUUCAAAUGUACUGAGUGCCCAAAUGUAUGAGUAACCUGCAUGAUCAACCCAUUAUGUUGUUAUGUAAGUUUUUUCAUUGUUUUUUUUAUUACUUGACCAAGUUUACAAUACGGAAUUUAGCAUUUGUGAAUAUAAAUAUCGUCUUCAAAUAGUGAAGAUU